AAACUGAGCUGUGUAGGAAUGUGACGUUUGCUCACAUUUGACUUACUUUAUGUCACUGAAACAAUGACAGCGAACUCUUCAGACAGUAAGGUCGACAUGUAGCGUGUACGGCUGCGGUUUGCUGUUUCUUCUUCGUGUACGAGAUUAAAUGAGCUAACGGAAAAUGCCUAAGAAGGCCAAAAAGAGGAAGCACAAGAAGUCGUCUUCGUCCUCAAGUGAAGAAGACGAGAGGAUAUCCAGAGGACAAGAUGCAACCAACAGUUACAAAACCGCCAAGAGGAAAGAAGUUUUAAAGAGUCAGAAAAGCUGUAUAAAGCACAAGGAAAAAUCAUCUUCUUCUGUUAAAGAUGACUCCCAAAGCACCCGGCAGAUCAAAAAACCUGUCUACAGAUUGGCAAAAACACAAGCAACAGAGCAGAAACCCAUUAAUAAGGACAGACAAUAUGCAAAAUCCAAACCAGACUUUGUGGCAUUCCAUGGGGAUCAUUGCUCCAGUAAAGCAAAGAAUUAUGUUUCAGGGAAAGAUAAAACUGUCACUGGAAGCGACAUUGUGAAAAGAGGAUACUCAAAACUCAGUGCAGGUGCAGUCCCUCAGAGAACAGAAACGAAGUGUAAAGGUGGGUUCGAUGAAAAGUCUUCCCAGGGGAGCCAGUCCAAAUUAAACAAGCCUCGAGUGGUUCCCAGUUUAGUUUCUGCUGAAGUGAAAGAACCGAGGCAGGAUGUGCAGAAGAGGAACUGCAGAACUGAGGAACCACGGAGGACUGGAAAUCACAGCAGCACUUCCAAGACCAGCAAACCUACCUCCUCCACCUCUGGUAUAGAGAUGUGUCAAAAGCAUGAAAAAAAUGAGUUAAAGCCCCAAAGAAGUUUGUAUAAAGAUGAUGCAAACAUGUCUUCUGCCUCCAUCGUAAAGAAGUCUUCCACUUCAGCCAAACACAGUGCCUCGGAAAGCAGCUCAAAGUUGCAAGUGGUUGAAGAGCUUCAUCUUGCCCGCUCUGAGAAGAGGUUGGAGGUGAAUGUCUUGAAGAGCUAUGGGGAACUCACCGCUAUGGACAUAGAUUGUCCCGAAGAAGGACCUGCAGGCAAAAAGUCGUCUCAGCAGGACCUAAUCCUUGUUCUCGACACAAACAUUCUCCUCAGUCACCUGGAUUAUGUGAAAAAGAUCCGCUCUCAUGGCCUCGGAGGCCUGGGCUUCCCCAUUAUCCUCAUCCCCUGGGUGGUGCUUCAGGAGAUGGACUCCCUAAAAAUGGGAAGAGGCCUGUCAGGCUCCGUGGCCCACCUGGCGACUCCUGCCAUCUCUUAUGUUUACAUGUGUUUGAAGAGCCGGGAACCUCGCCUGUGGGGCCAAUCUAUGCAGCAGGCCGCAGAGAGCAGCAAUGGCCUGACUGCUGAGAAUAACGAUGACAGAGUGCUGCAGUGCUGCCUGCAGUACCAGAGGCUGUACCCAGAGUGUGCUCUCACCUUAUGCACCAAUGAUAAGAAUCUGUGCAGUAAAGCCCUCCUGAGUGGGGUGAAGGCACUCUGCAAGACUGACUUGGAGGCAGAGGUUGGGAGAUCCAGACAUGGCCUUCAGAUCACUGGAGACAUUCAGGCUUCUGUGCCACUGUGCAGUAACCCUCAGGUCUCAUCACCAACGCUGAGCACGAGGUGCCCACCAGUUCAGCCACAUGGUCAAAAGAAAGCGGGCUUUUAUGUGGGAGUCCUACAGAAAGACAACAAGCAGCUCCGUGAAGGAGACGAGGAGAGGACAGUUAGGGACCUCAGCGGAUGCAUUUCUGCAUUAGAAGACUGUCUGAGGGAGGUGCUGUCUGAAGUUUUGCAAGUGGAGAUGGAGGCUGCUUAUGAUGACCUCUGGCUACAGAUUGUUUAUUUAAAGCCACCGUGGACACUUCAGAAUGUCUUACAGUGUAUACAAAAGCACUGGAUUGCUGUUUUUGGCCAACUUGUCCCACGGAGGAAGGAGCAAACUGUUUCAAAGCUCAUCAAAUUUUUCAACUCAGGUGAAACGGUGGACCAUGAAGCCAUCUCAGAGGCCGUUCAAGAUGCCAAAGAGCUUGUGAACGCUUUUUCGAGAAGUUCAAAGCGUGUUCCACGAGCCAUCGCUGUACUGGACGACAUUUUGAACAAGCUACGACCUCAGCCAAAUCUUCCUACGGGGGGAGAAUCUCCCGCCUGCGACGUUGUCAUGAAUGACGAUGACGAUAACGAACACUCUCACCAGGAAGUGUGGGCCGUCUUUGAGAGGAUCUGGUCUCACGUGUGUCAACUAAGCUUGGAGGUGUUCAAAGCUCUGGGCUUUGACCCUCACACCAGGCAGUGCCUUCAGCCAGAGGGAGCUGCUCCACCACCACAGGACGCCUUGGCCUGCUUGCACAAACUGUCCUCCAUGGUCUCGCAGCUGCUCCAAGCUUUCAGCAGUGUCUUGUUAUCAGCCCCCGGCUUAGAAGAAGUCCAGACACUGCUCAGCAUCAUCAACUCCAACAAUAUAGUAACUGAGAAUUCCAGGUUAACAGCCAAAGACCUGCUCGACUGUUUUUCACAACCGGACUACAGGGAGAAGCUCAGGGUGGGAGGGACCAAGUUAAUGGAGCUUCAAGAGGCCUUGGAACACUGUGUUCAAGCUGCAGGUCAAUACACGACAUUCCCCACGUAGCACCGUCGUACCAGUGUCAGGAACGUUGCUCAUCAACCAAACAGAUUCCUCGACGUGACAGAUUCUUAACUUGAACUCAAAGCUGUCGAGUUAAAGGCGCAUGUGCUCGUGCUGUACCCGUUUCUGCCUUUGUUCUCCAUCCAUAAAGUUCAUGUGACAGAGAUAACGCUGUUUUCCGAAGGUUUGUUUAAUGCUAUAACAGCUGGUUUGUAUAAUUCAGCAAGUACAGAUUUCAUUAUUCUCUAAUAGCUUUGCACUUGUGUCCUGAAUGAGUUUUGGAUUUAAGGUGAAAUUUAGUUUAUAAAUAUUUAAAUCUAUUUUAAAAAAGCAUAUUAUUUUG